UGCUACAAAAUGUAUUGAGUGAAUUCGAGUGAGAAAAAUACAACAACAACGAAAACCAGAUUAAAUUGUAAUUUAUUUGUUUCGAAACAUUCGAAACUAAUUUGUUAUUAUUUUGAAAAAAAAAUUUAAUUUUUUAAAUAAAAAUGACCGACGAUAUUUGUGAAUCAUGGGAAGAUGUUGAUGUUGAUAAAAUUGUGAUCAAACCUUACAAAAAACCAACCUAUUCGAGUAUAUUGGCAGCAAAUGCAAUAAAUAAUGAUUCAAGCGGUUGUACUGUUAACGUAAUCAACAAUAUUGCUUCCAACGAUAAUUUCGACUUGCCUUUUAGUAACAAUCAAAGUUUGAAUGGCGAAUCAUCAUCAUUUCGAAUUAUACAACGAGUGUCCAAUAAUGUCGAUGACAAUGAUAAUAAUUCACCAUUCACAAAUCAACCGAAAAUUAUUCUUGAAGAUGAUAAUACUAGAACAAAAUUUGUUAAAGGUUUACGAAUAUUAAACAGGCCGAAUAAGAAUGCUGAAAUGGGAAAAAAUGAAACCAAAGCAAAUGAAGCAGAAAAUAUACAUGAAAAAUUAAAGAAAAGUUUUAAAGAAAAACAAGCAGAAUAUGCAAAAGCAAGAUUAAGAAUUCUAGGUGAAGUAAUGCCUGAUGAAGAUUUAGUGUUCAAUAUGACUGCAGCUAUGGAUUUGAACAAACAAAAUCCAGAAAUACAGUCAACAACAAUAACAUCAGAUACCUUUUCCAGUAGCAAUAAUAAUAAUAAACAACCAUUAUUGAAUUUAAUUCGAACAAACAAUGAAAACGAUGGACAGAAUCGAAUCAUUCGUCAACCAAUUGGACCAGAUGGAACCAGAGGUUUUCACCAUCAUCAUGAAAAAUAAUUAUAUAAAAAAA